AUGGAAUCGCAAUUGCAGCGCCCUUCGCAUGGCCAUCGUCGCUUCGGACAAGAUCCACAGCACGCUGGCCUACAUUCUGUGAUUGAGGGUGAAGGUGAUGAGGAGCAGCACGAGCACAAGUCGGUGCUGAAAAAGGUGAAGGAUAAGGCCAAGAAAAUCAAGGAUAAAAUCUCCAAACACCAACACCAACAAGGUGAAGAAGAAGAAGAUGAUGACGAUGAUGAAGAAGCAGAAGAAGAAGAAGUUGUGAAUGAUCCUGAAGUCCAUGGUGCCCCUAUGUAUGAAACCACUGUUAUCCGGAGCAUUGAUGUACCAGCUAAGACUAGCACUGAUGAAGCUCGACAUGUCGAGACAGGCCCAACGGCACCUGAACCGAGAGGCCCGGUAGAGCAGAGGCCCACUAGGCAUGAUGCUGAGGAACCAAAGAUGAAAAUUGGGCCUCUAAUGGGGUUGGAAGAGGAUCCUCACUCCCCAUACAACAGCCCACCAGCAUCCAACUACCAAUCCAAAGUCUCGGACCCAACAGGCGCUGGCGGCAAGGAAGCCGAUGUUUCUCCACUUGUGAGGCAGUUGGGCAAGCUGAAUGUAGGUGAGUUGGACAGGAGACCCGACAAGGAGAAGAGCGUGAGUUGCCAACAGUUCGCCCCUCAUCUCGACACCCAAGAAAAAAUCAGCACGGGCCCUGAAAAAACCCAUGUCCCGGCUGGAGACACAAUUGGUGGGAAGAUAUCUGAAUAUGCGGAGAAGGUGGCGGAGACGCUGGACCCGGUUUAUCAGAAGCUGAGGCCAGGGGACGACCACACAGCCGAGAAAAAUGAGAGCUCAGGGGAGGGAGUGAUUGAGAGGGUGAAGGAUGCGGUGGGAUCGUGGCUCGGGAGGCCCCACGACUCGGCUCACUUGAGCGGUUCGAGCAGAGAGGAAGGCUUGGAAGGAAAGAGUUGA